AUGAACGGCCCACCUUGGAGCCAGGCCCCUGUGCCGGAAGAAUCUUGGGCCACUGCACACAACCCGGAACACAGCACGUUCGUGCAAUCGUCCAACACAUGGCAACCUACUCCGUUGACCACCCAGGAAUUACAGACCUUGGACUCAUCUUCCUGGUACAGCGUUUCCCAGGCACCUGUAGACACGGGCUUGUCGCCUGUUCUGAGUCAUGAGAGCCAGAGCACGCACACCCUAAAUUGUAUCUCGGAGCCGGAGUUGCUUCCUCUGCCACCCGGCUUGGAUUUGUCCUUCAUUGGUGAACCUACCUGGGAUCAUGCCGGUUCUGUAUGUACUAUCCUGCACCUUAUCCAAGGCGGACAACUUCUGACCCUGUUCUGUCCCCAAGGAGGCCAAUUCUACCACGUGCCGAAGGACCUUCCUCUCCAGAGACUCACUCGCAGCCUCGUGCGGGGCUGGCACAAAUUCCGGGUACUGGCUGUGCAGAUGCUGCUUCGAGUCUACGCCUAUGGUUUUGUUCACACCCAACAGAUGCCCACCUCCAUGCCAGGACCACGGGUGAUGAAAUCUGCCGAGGCCUUCAAAUGUCCCAUGCCUACUCAGUCUCCAUGCUCUGCUGCCAGCAUGACGAGCGAAAGUGAGGAAGGUCGCCACAGGAACGAUCCAUUGUACUCCCGAGGACCCGAAUCGGAUGGACUGUACCACUGCCCGUUUGAGAGCGACCCCAACUGUCAGCACAAGCCUACCAAGCUCAAGUGCAACUAUGAUAAAUUCAUUGACUCCCACCUCAAGCCAUUCCGAUGUAAGAUUGAAGCUUGCUCCAAACAGGAGUUCUCGUCAACGGCGUGCCUUCUGCGCCAUGAAAGAGAGGCACAUGGAAUGCAUGGACAUGGUGAUCGCCCUCAUCUCUGUUACUAUGGAGGAUGUGAGCGUGGCAUUCCCGGCAAUGGCUUUCCUAGACGCUAUAACCUCUUUGAUCAUAUGAAGCGCGUCCAUGACCACAAGGACGAACCAACCCAGGACCGAGGAAGUCCAGAAGGUCGCAAAACGUCUGGACGCAAGAGGAAGGCUUCUGGUUCCGUCAGCGAGGAGUCACCCGCUCAGCGUCCCAAAAUCCAGCGGAUUCCUACCCCGGUGUCGGAGCCUUCUCCCGUAAUGGCCGUUCCACAGGCCACUUGCGUUGCCACGGAUGCAUCAUACCCUGAGGACUAUCGCGCCAUUCAGAAUAGGCAGCAACGUGCCGCCUACUCACAGUGGGCAAACCAACGGCAGCUCUUGGAGUUCAGUGUGACCUCCGUGAAUGGCCCACAAGAUGAGGUCAAUCUCCAGCGGCUAAGCCAGAACGUGGAAGAGCUCCGCCGUCUUUCUCAGCAGGCAAGGCACGGCUGAAUAAGUCGGGCGUGGCAGGACUCAUUAUCAACGGAGUUCUGUUGUCGAUUUCUCACUCAAUCAUGGCAAAUGUCAUGAAUCAAAAGGUUCUGGAUACCACUUAGCGAUCUUGGUUCAAGGCCUUCACGACCCAUGCGGACCUCUUUAUGCCGGUCAUCAGGGGCAUUAUGCCAUUUGGAUGUUCCCCAAGUCUUCAGCCCCCUCGGGAUUUCUCAAGCGCCUCAAAGCGUCUUCCCAGCCGUGGACUGGACUGCCUUUGGCUCAUCCCCCGAAUAUUUGGCCAAGUCUACGAUGAAGUGCAGCCCAAUGGCUUUGAUCCGCGUGUCUAACCUUGGGAGGCGAUGCUGUCCUCCCAUUUGGACUACAAGCCAUUUCAAUAGCCAUAUGGAGCGCCAUCCCCAGUAGUGAAGAUGAUUUGGUGGAGUCGCUGCGUGAUCGAUGCUAACCAAGCGUGUGCGUCGAGAGGAUUGACCGGCAGCAAGCCGCCGGAAGAAGAGGACGAAGUAAAAUUUUUGUAAAUUUUCACACAUGGUUGGGCGUUUUAAUGAAGAAG